UAUAUAGCUCCACCCCUGGAUAUGUUAGAUACAUACACCACGUUUUUGAGAAAUCGGAGCAGAGAUACACAAUAAUGGAGGCGGCAGGUGGAGAGCAGCACGAAACACGACGACGUGCAGGUGCAGGCCUCGCCCUCCUGGGCGUCGUCUACUCAUCGCUGCUCCUGAACGCCAUCUUCGUCGCGCACCACUUCCUCUCGCCGUCCCGGCUGCUGCUCCGUGACGACGGGUGCGGGUGCGGGCUCACCUGGUCUCUGCAGGCGGCCAGGGAGGCCGAGGCGGUGGCCGCCGUGGAGUGCUCGGGCCACGGGCAGGUGUUCGUCGAUGGCGUCGCCGGCGAGGACGGGCGGCCCGGGUGCGAGUGCAACAGCUGCUUCGGCGGGCCGGACUGCUCCCUUCGCACGCCCAACUGCACCGCCGACGCCGACAGCGGGAACCCGUUGUUCCUGGAGCCGUACUGGCGGCGUCACGCGGCGGCCAGCGCCGUGGUGUUCUCCGGGUGGCACCGCAUGAGCUACACCACCACGGGCGGGUUCCAGUCGGUGGAGCUGGAGCGCCAGAUCCGGCGCCUGCACGGGGCCGUCGGUAACGCCGUCGCGGACGACAAGCACCUGGUCUUCGCCAGCGGCUCCCUGCAGCUCAUCAACGCGCUGGUGCACGCGCUGUCGCCGGACGCCACGGCCGCCUCGCCACCGUCCAGAGUGGUCGCGGCCGCGCCGUACUACCCGGCGUACAGACAGCAAACCUCCAUGUUCGACGGCCGCGAGUACAGAUGGGCCGGAACCACGGCCUUGUGGGCCAACUCGUCACGGGCGAACUCCACCGACGGCACCUUCAUCGAGUUCGUCACGUCGCCUAACAACCCAGACGCCCUGCUCCGCGAGCCCGUCCUCCGCGGCUCGGCGGCGGCGAUCGUCGACCACGCGUACUACUGGCCGCACUUCACGCACAUCCCGGCGCCGGCCGACGAGGACAUCAUGAUGUUCACCGUCUCCAAGCCAUCCGGACAUGCUGGAAGCAGAUUCGGAUGGGCGCUGAUCAGGGACGACGAGGUGGCCAAGCGGGCUUUAGAGUACCUGAGGGACAGCAACAUGGGCGCGUCGCGGGACACCCAGCUGCGGAUGCUGGGGAUCUUCAAGUUCAUGCUGGCCAACCUGCGCGGCAAGGACGACAUCUUCGCCUUCGGCCACGACGUGAUGAGGAGCAGGUGGCUCAGGCUGAGCGCCGCCGUGUCGCGGACCCGCCGCAUCACGCUGCAGAAGAUCGCGCCCCAGUACUGCACGUACUUCGGCCGGGUCAGAGAGCCAUCCCCAGCCUACGCAUGGGUCAAGUGCGAGAUGGAGGAAGACGAAGACUGCUACGAGGCGCUGCUGAAGGCGAACAUCAUCACGCGCAGCGGCGUCCAGUAUGAGGCGAGCAGCAGGUACACGAGGAUCAGCCUCCUCAAGUCGGACGACGACUUCGACGUGCUCAUGGAGAGGCUUGAAGAUCUUGUCGAUGCCGACAAGUACGACGAUUCCAACGGUUCGAGCUCAAUGUAGCAACGGUAAUCCACGGAAGUUCGGAAGCUUGGGGCGGUUUAGAUCCACCUCUCUAAAUUUUAAGAACACUCUAGCUCACAUUGUAUGAGGUGGGCUAAAUUAAAAUGCAUAUGAUCAGCUAGGCGCUGAUUGUUCUGCGAAUGUAGUGGAACAGUCAACUAGAAGUUGACUGUGUUCCCACAAUAAAACUACCUAUAUUGGAUUGGCGCAAAUUAUGCGGUCAGUAUAUCAUUCCAUAUUUAUAGUACAACUUACAGUUUGUUGGAUUAUUUGGUUCAUGUUAUUACAAUUAUUCUAUCUUUUUAGGCCA